AUGCGAAUGAUCAGCUGGUACUCCCACGAUAGGUAUUGCCUCACCAGCAACGGUAAAUAUUCUGUGACAAGGGGAUAUCUUGCACUGCUUGGUGAUAGGCCAAAAAUGGCAGACGCUGACCUGAUUUGGAGUAAAAUAUUGCUACCUAAACACAGAGUGGUGGUAUGGCUGGCAGUGCAGCAGCGACUGCUAACACGAACAAGGCUGAACCGACUGGGCAUUGAAUGUGAGGACGAUAUGUGUGUGCUGUGCGAUGCGCAGAAGCAGGAAGAUGCGGUGCACCUAUUUGUGGACUGCGAUUGGGCCAAAGAGCUGUGGGCUGAAGCACAAGAUUGGAUGGGGAUUAAGGUGCAACUAGGAAGUGUUCAACAAACCUUACAACAAAUCAAGCAGAAGAGAUGGAGCAAGUUUAAACGAGAAAUAGUAGCAGCAGGAUACGGGGCAGUGAUAUACCAUAUAUGGCGAUUAAGAAACGGGAAAAUCUUCAAAGGGCAAAUUGUACAUAGAGAUUUUGUUAUGCAACAGAUAAAGAUGAUAGUUAGGGAGAGAAUUAGCAUGUUUAGAGACUACAAAACAGCCAGGAAAUGUGCAUGGUUUUUGGCAAGAAUAUGUAACUAG